AGGUACGUUUCUGACGAUGCACCCAGCCUUCCGGAAGUUGCUGAUAGGCUGGAGUUCCGCCCCGGCUCCGCAGUCCACUUUCUCUCACGCCGGGUCGGGCUCUGUUCGGGAUCAUGGAGGAGCCUGAGGUGCAGCUAAAAGUGAAAAAAGUGACAGACAAGUUUACAGAGAGCAUGUAUGUCCUGGCCAACGAACCUUCUGUUGCGUUGUAUCGACUUCAAGAGCAUGUCAGGCGGUCUCUCCCAGAACUGGCUGAACAUAAAGCUGACAUGCAGAGCUGGGAAGAACAGAGUCAAGGGGCCAUUUACACUGUAGAGUAUGCCUGCAGUGCCAUCAAGAAUAUGAAGGACAGUAGCAUGUAUUUCAAGAACAUUGAAGGGCUCCUUCAACACACCAUUACUGUAAAGAAUCGGCUGAAUUCUGCACGGAGGUAGCUCUGGAGAUCCGGAUGCAGGAAAACUUCAGAGCCACCCUCCCCGUUCAUGGAGAGGAGCUUCGGAUGCUGAGGGGAAGCCACUCUGCACACCAGCACAACCAAGACAAGUUUAUAUUAACCAGUCUCCAGGUUUAAUCAUUUUCUAACGUUAGUAAUUAUUGUUAAUUUAAAAAAAAUACUGCAAGCAAAGAACAUAUGUUAGCAAUACUUAGUUUCCAAGGAAGAAACCCUGCAGGCAAGACCUUUUCUGCUGUGCAGUGUGCCUGUACAUGGGGGGCAGGAUUUACUUGGUAGAGGAAGUCAGUGGGGAAAGAAUACAUGGAAGCGCAUUAUAUCAAGCCAAACUGUUGACCUGUGUAGCUCAUGAUUGAUAGCAGGCUGGUCACAACUCUCCAGAGCAGUGUUUGUCAACCUUAACAACUUUAAGAUAUGUGGACUUCAACUCCCAGAAUUCCCCAGCCAGCCAGCCAUGAAUUCUGGGAGUUGAAGUCCACAUAUCUUAAAGUUGCCAAGGGUGAGAAACACUACUCCAGAGCCUCGUGUGUGCCAACUGCAUUUGAAAAUCGUGGAUUUUGAACCCAGGACCUCUGCUGCUUGCCAAAACAAGCGGCAUCCCUACCUACCAGGUGCCCAUUCUUCUCCCAGUUCCACCUGCUCCACCUUAUUCUCUCCACCUCCCUUUUCAGGAUAUGGCUGUGCCUUUCCUUCUGCCCUCACAGUCAAGCUCGAUUUUGCCAUCUCCUGCAUUUGUCAAAAAGGAAGGCAAUCUUAGAUUUAAGAUGACCCCCACCCUUCCCUACACAAGGAAGGUGAGAGAGAGAAAACCGCAAAGGCUUCCACUGCUUUAUUCUUAGCCAUCUCAUACAGCCCUCCCAGUUAAAGCUGAGUUAUUUGGAAGAAGGCCUAGUUCUUCUCUCAGAUAAAUACGUAUCAUAGAUUUUGGAAUGGUAAAAAUGUUAACUGGGAACGCAGCCAAUCAUUUCCGCUGCAGAGACCAACAGCCUCGUAGUUGCCUUCUGCUCGAUCCUUAGCACGCUCAGAGACAUUCCAUUUUACCCACAACUCUGCUCUCGCCCACUCGGAUCUGGUGGGCUUCUGGUACUUUAUAAAGGGAGAGAGUUUGCCAGACCUCACUUGCGUUUCUGGUCAAAGCCCAGCUAUCCAAGGGCUGCAUCAACCCUGCCCCCCUGCCCAUCAAAUGUUCAUGGUCUCUAGAGCAUCCUCUCACCCCAAGGAAUGAAAAUCAGAGGUACCUUUCUUACCAUUUUGAAGUGGGGAAUGCAACGUAUGGAAACUGUAGGAAUCCCUGAAGUUGGAUGAAUGUAAGAAAAAAACUGCUAACUUUUCCCACCCCAAAUCUAAGGGGAAAAAACAUCCAUAUGCAGGCAGCUCCCUGCUCACUCCAGUUCUUGCCUUCCUCCCCACAAAAAGAACAAAUGCAAGCCCUGGUCAAGGAGUUAGUGUCCCUCCAGGUCAGCUGAGCUCCCAGAAUUUGGAAUCAUGGGAUAGAGGUGAUGUUCCUGUUUCAGUAACUGCACAAGGAAUUCAAGUUAAGCAUGGUAUAUAUAGGUAGUCCUUGCUUAAUGACCACAAUUGGGACCAGAGUUUCGUUUGCUAAGCAAAGCAGUCGUAAGCAAAUCCAACCUGAUUUUAUCACUUUUGCGGCGGUCGUUAAGCGAAUCACGUUCCCCAUUGAUUUUGCUUGCCAGACACCAGCUGGGAAGGUUGAAAAUGGCGAUCAUGUGACUACAUGAUACUGCAAUGGUCAUAAAUGCGAACUGGUUGCCAAGUGCCCAAAUCGUGAUCUUGUAACUGCAGGGAUGCUGUGACGGUUGUAAGUGCGAGGACCAGUUGUAAGUCGUUUUUUCAGUACUGUCAUUAAGUCUGAACCAUCACUAAACGAAUGGUUGUUAAGCGAGGACUCCAUGUAGUCCUCUUCAUUUA